GUGAACUAUAAUUUAUUUUUGAAUUUAAAAUGGGUAAGCGACACCCAAUAUUUACUAAAGGAAUCCUUCUCUGGAUAGGGCUGCUUAUGAUGAGGCAUACACUAGCAGCGGUACUUUCUAAUGUAGGCGUUAGAAGCGCAGACCAGACGGUGAGUUCAGUCACAACACUCACUUUGUUCUCAACCAUAGUUACUGCCAUUGAUGCUGGAGGCAGAUUUGAGAUUGUUGUUCCAGCUACAACAUCUAUUUCAUCAGGAAUUCUAGCAUGUACUAUGGUUGAGCCAAGUUCAAUCGGAAUAUCUUGCAGCGGAAAUGCAGUAACAAGAAAGAUUACAGUGACACUUAAUAAUGCUAUGGCUGGGAGCACUUUCUUUCAAGUUGAUAUCAAUGGGUUCACUAAUCCCGAUUCCACCAAGACUACUGAUACCUUUGAAUUUUAUACCUUCAAUUCUGCAGGAACUGGGCUUGAUAAUAGAGCUUCUAGUACAUUCUUGACAGCAACAGCAGGAGCUUUGAGUUCUAUUUCUCUGACAGCCACUGAUCAGACAGUUGCAGCACUCAAUACUGUCAACUUUAAUUUUACCACUACUCAUAAAGUGACUAAAGGAGGAACAAUUCGAGUAGUUAUUCCAAAAUGGGACCCAAAUGCUGUGUCUACAACACCUCAAUCCAUGGUACAGGGAAGUUUCAUAUGUGCUGCUCUUGAGAACUUAGAAGGAACUAUCUCAUGAGCUUUUGAUAGUACUACUGAUAUCUUGACGGUUUCAAAUGCUUUUACCUCAGCUGAUAUUUCAGCAGGGACUGUUCUUAGGUUCAGCCUAUCAGGAAUAAGAAAUCCAAUCUCCACUGCACCAAAAACAGGAUUUACCAUAUCUACUAUUUCUGGGGAUGGAGGGACAGUAGACUCUUCAGCAGCUACAUUAACUGUUUCAAACUCUGCAGCCAUUAUUUUCCAGAAAUUAGAGAGCAAUGUUACAAAAAUUGUACAAGAAAAUGCAACUAUUGGGCUAACUUUUACAUCUCCAGUUCCUCUUGAGGUAGGAUGAAUCCUUCGAUUUGUUUUACCUCCAACUUUACCACUCUCAAGCUCUUAUUUGAAAAGUAUCAGAACUGUUGGAUUAUUUGGAACAGCAAGGGAUUUCUCAAGUUGGACCAUGGAUACAUCAACAAGGACAAUAACGAUUACUGAUGGUUGAACUUCCUAUUUGACAAACACAGUCCCUGCUUUAAUCGAAUUUAAAAAUAUUCAAAAUCCCUUAAGUACAAGACCGACUGAUAGUAUAACCAUUACAUUGACAGAUUCAGCCGGAUUUGGAAUUGCUACAAUAUCAACAGGCAUUCAAUAUGUAGCAACUUUUGGUCAGAUGGUUUCUGGAUCUCUUUCAGCAAAUCCGACUACUAUUGGCUCUAUUUCAGCAGUUUCAGUGAGCUUAUUCCCAACACAUAAAAUUACAACUGCAGGUGCAUUGAAAUUCACUUUCCCUUCAGACAUUUCAUUUCCUUCUCCUACAUGCACUCUAUCAUUUAGAGAGAAUAUCCAGGCUGGGGCUACCUGCUCGGCUUCUGGACAAGUCGUUAGAAUAACAAAUCCUUUCUUAACAGAUUAUAUCCCGUCAUCUUCAACAACCUCAACGAUUAGAUUUGUGAUUAACAGUGUCCAAAUGCCAGCCACUACAGCUCCAACAGGAACAUUUUCGUUUGAAAGUGUUCUUGUUGACGGUUCUAUUGAUUAUGUUAUUGAUAAAACCUCAUAUACAAAUCUUGUGACUGCAACAGCUGGGACAAUAACCUCAGCAACUGUUACCCCAAGCUCAACUCUUGCUAAUGAUCUGGCGUCGUAUACUAUUACAUUCACGAAUGCAAACCAGAUUGUACAGGAUGGUAAAGUCCAAGUGACUCUUCCAAGUGAAAUAGUAUUUCCAACUCCUUCAACUACUGCUAAUUCAUGCACAGCUAUUUCAGGUGUGGGUACAUCACUUAUAUGUGAAGCUACAACUAAUACGCUAACUAUUAAUAGUGGGUUCUCUAGCGGUGCAUUGGCAGCAGGGAAUACAAUCAGCUUUAGAAUAAGUAAUGUUAGGAAUCCCUCUUCUCUAAAGCCAAGCUCUUCCUUCACAAUAAAGACACUGAGUGACACUGAUUUUGAUAUUGAUAAGAUUGAUACAGGAGUAUUGGUCACAAUGGUAACCUUUAAUAACAUUGUGCUUGCAGAGAUUACUCCUGAAAGUUUAGUGAAUGGAGCAACUACAAAUCUUGACUUUAAAAUUGUAUCCCCUUCUCCUCUUCAGAAUGGUGAUCUUCUAUAUAUUACCUUUCCAACUAGUGUAAAAACCCCUUCCUUGCCCAUUAGCUGUUCUGGAACUACAGCAUUGUCAGGAAUUGUCUGUACAAGAGAUUCAACAGGACCAGAUGUAAUUAAGAUUGUCCUAAACUUCUCAGGGACUACAAGCGUUGAGGCAAGUGAGCUGCUUGAAUUUAAAAUAAGUAACUGAGUAAAUCCUACAACCACAGAACCAAGUGGUUUGUUUGGAUUCACCAUAACGGAUAGCCUAAAUUUCACAAUAAACUCAUGGAGUGGGACUGUCAGAGUAACCACAACUGAAGGUGCUACCUUAUUGACUCCAAGUAUUCUGCCAAGUAGUACUGUAGCCAGAGCAGAUAUCAACCUCAUAUUUACUUUCACUCUGGUACAUGAUAUUCCUUCAACUGGAGUGAUUUACAUAUACUAUCCUUCUUCAGUAGGAUAUACAGCAGCUAAUCUUGGGUGCCAAUGUAUUGAUUUUUCAUCUGGAGGAUCAACAUCUACUUGCACUUGAGAGAAACAAACUGUCAGCGGGAGAGACAGAAUUAUUUUUAGAAAUGCAUUUGCUUCAGGACUCACUGGAGGAUCGACAGUAAGAAUUACUUUAAUUGGUCUGAGUAACCCAAGCACAGCAGAUACGACUAAUAGCUUUGAAAUAUUUACAGAAACUAGUGAGACUGGUGGAUAUGAGAUAGAUAAGGUCACCACUGGGCUUACUUUGAAAUCUGAUUGAGAUUAUCCUUGCCUUACUUGCUCCACUAGUAGUUCUACUUGAACAUCAUGAAUAGUAACUCUCCAAGCAUUUAAACUUGAAGAUACAAACUGUGUCCUUACUUGCUCUGAUGACAAAUUUUAUAAUUCUACAUCUAAUGUUUGAGAGGCUUGUGCUCCUCAAUGAGGAGCUUGCUCGACUAUAGACAAAUCUUUAUGUAUAAAAUGAGGACUAACAGGUUAUGAAUUUUUACACCUUGGAACAUGCUCUGAUACUUGUCCUGGGAGAUUCUUCGGAAAUUCGACUACUAAUACCUGAGAUUCAUGAAAUACUGCUAGUGCACAUUGAUUAAAUUGUGAAGGAACUUCAACUAACUGAAUAUCCUGUGAUACUUCUUCAGCUUACAAAUAUCUUCAUAACAACUUAUGUAUAUCUUCUUGCCCAGCCAAUUUAUAUAUUCAAAAUGAUACCCUUGGGAAAUGAGUAGCAUGAGACUCUAAUUGUGGAACUUGCUCUGGGACGACAACCCAUUGUACAUCAUGUAGUGGAAAUAAUAAAUUAGACUUAAGAACUAACACUUGAGUAGCAACGUGAGAAACAGGAAAGACAAUAGUCACUGGUAACACUUGUGUAGCAUGUGACUCAAGCUGAAAUACAUGAGCAGGUACAACUACCACUUGUACUUCUUGCACAGGCGGAACUGUCUUAACUUCGGACUAUACUUGAGCUUCUACCUGCACAAAUACUAAUGAAAUAGUUGUUGGCAACACUUGAACAAGAUGAACUCCUACUUGCACAAGAUGUCAAGACACUAUAACCAAUUGCACUCAAUGUGCUACAGAUUAUGCAUUGCACCAAAAUGAAUGAAUUUCUGAUUGCCCACAAAAAUAUGAAGAUCAAAAUCAAGUAUGAGUUUAUGUAGGUUUGGUCUGCCCAACAAAUUAUGUUUCUGAUGAAACUCAAGAGUCAUGUAUACCUCUUCUUAAGGAAUGCAAAGGAGGAAAAGUAUUGAAUUCGAGCAAGACCAAAUGUAUCCCUCCAGGAGAUAUUGCUCCUUUCCCGAUUCUAUGAGUUGUCUUUUGAUUAAUAAUUGUUGUGAUUUCUGGCAAAUGAAAAGAUAAAUCACGAUCCAAAAUUGUAGCUAAUCUAAUUCCUCUUCUUGGACUUUUAGAAAUACCUGCAAUUAUCUUAUUAGCAUUUACUGCACUGUUUAUUGAUGAAUUGUUAAUAUUUGGCAUAGCAAUGGUAGCUGCUGCCCUUGCAAUCCUACUUAAUAUUAUAAUGAAUAGACUAUUUGCCAAAUAUACAAGACCAGAUGAAGAUUUCCAAUUCUUUGCAAAGAGAUAUCCAAAGACAAGUGAGUUCCUACCAUUCCUCAGCCUAGUAUGGAGCUUUAGAGUGCUCAAAUUCUUCUAUUCUGGGUUCUUUGGCCAAGACACAUGAAUGCUAACUUUGAGUAAUGCAGAAGGUUCAUUUAUGAAGUACUUUAGAAGAAUUACUUAUUGAUACUUCUUCCUAGUACAUCUCCCGGUUUACUUUGCAUGUGCGCUAGGAAUAAUGUCUAUUGAAUGGGGAUUCCAAGCUCUUGUUGAAUGUAUAGAGGUUCCUAUAGUGCUAUUAAUCAUUUUACUUUUAUGCAUUUUUGAAAAAUGAUAUGACAAAUCUUACUUAAAGCAAGACCCAUAUCUCCCACUAAACGGAAUGAAGAAAUUUAAAGAUGAUCUUGCUGUAAUGUCAGCAGCUCCUCACUACGGAGCCUCUAGAGAUAGACUUGCAGAAGAGGAGAGUAAGACAGAUAACUAUACAGUCAGCCAUGAAGGAGAUCAUAACUAUAUGAAAGAUAUGGAAUACGAUGUUGAGCUACGAAAGAAAGCACUCGAAAGCAUCAUUAAUCAUGUCAAAAAUCCUGAAAGAAGGAACUCCUUGUUUGAUGAUGAUAGAAGUAUCAGUAACUGAACCUUCUUUGAAGAGGAAAAGUAUGAAUCAAGUCAGAGAAGAAAGAUGCACAGGCCUCCUCGAAGAGCAUUCUCUUUUAAAGGUCUUAAUCCGAUUGAUGAGGAAGACGAAUUCUUACUUUCUGAUGAAUCAAGUGAAAGUGACUACAGAGAUAUGAGAUUUGAGAAGCCUCCUCCUAAGAUAGAACGCCGUAUGAGUUUUCCAAUGAGAGCAGAUGAGUUGGAAACUGUUGAGAACCCUAUCUUCCAUGAAGCUAUUGAUGAAUACAGAAAUACUAUGAAGCAAGAUCUUCAAGAUAACUGAUAUGCUGACAGUAAACCUCCAAAGCCAGUAAUUAUCCAUGAGCCUCCUGUAAUGGCUGAGAUGGGCACACAGACAGUCCUUAGAGAUCUUCUGUUUGAUGAAGAGGACUCAGAUGAGGACCUAGAUAGAGCUGAAGCUGAAGAUGUAGAAAUAGAGUCUAAUUUUGCUGGAAAUCUCAUCGGAGAUGUCAUUGACCAAAUAUCUGAAAGUAGUGCCUUCAAAGAGAAGAAGGUACUUGAUGCAGACAGGCUGAAAGAGAUCCCAGAAUUCGAACUUGAGGACAUCCUUGGAGAAUUCGAUGUUGAUGAAGAAGGGAACUUCAUAUUAAACUCUGAAAAUGGAACUGCUGUUGAUAACAACGGUAAGCGAGUCAACUCUAAAGGCUAUUUCAUUGAUGAGGAAGGUAAUAUUAUUAAUAAGAAAGGAGAACUUAUUUUUUACGCUCAUGAAAUUAACGAUGAUGGAGAGAUUCCAGCUCCCUUUGUCUAUGAGAAACACAAGAAUGAUUUCUUAGCCAAAGCAAUGAACAAAAGAGAAGGCAAAGACCUUGAACAGGAUUAUCUUGUUGAUGACGACGAGGAUCUGGUUGAGGAAGAGCUUAAGAAGUUGAGGCCAAGCUCAAGAGAAAGCUCUGUUGAAAGCUUAGUAGCUGAUAAUCCUGGGAUGUAUAUUGAUGAUAAGGUUUCCAGAAGCAAAUUUUCAGCACAGGUGUCUCCAGAAACAAAUCUGGAUGCUGAAAGAGUAAGCAAAGGAAGACAAAGUAAAAUUAGUCCAAAGAGAAAGCCUAUCACCUUCCAUGAUGUAGAGUUAGCUCAUUCUUAUGGAGGAAAACCAAAAGGACAGCCCAAAAGAAUUAAAAGAGAGGAUACAAGAGAGUUGUUCCCUUCACUGGCAGUAGAGAAUCAAGCCCAGUCUAAGCUCUCUAAGAUUAUGGAUAACAUCUCAAAGAAGGAUCUAGAUAAUUCUUCAGAUACUACAAAAAUAGAAAAAAAUAAAGAGCUAAUGAAUAGAUUGCAAAAACUUAAAGAUGAGCAUUUCAGAGAUCUUGAUUCUGAUGAACUAGGAGAACUGAACAUGGAUCUUAUUGAACAGAAAAUAGAUGAUUUUGAUUACAACAGGCAAAAAGAAUAUGAUGAGAAGAUGAAGAGGCAUAUAGAAUCUGGAAUCAGUACCUUUACAAAACCUCCGCUUUACACAAGUAGUAACUUCUACAACCAAAAUCGGAUGCCAUUCCUAAACUCAGACCUUCUUCCUAACCAGUCUCACUCUCGGAAGGCAUUAUCUAAACUGAACAAUCAUUCAAUUAUGGAUGGGCGGAACAAGACCAAGCCUAUGAGUGGACUUCAGAAGAUCUACGGAAAUCUGGGAGAACUUGUCGUCCCUACUGAACAGAGAGACUUUCAACAAAAGAGCCGGAUGUAUUCCCCAGGUAGCACAUCCACCAUAAAAUCUCCCUUCUCUAAAAGACUAAACCGGAGCAAGUACGAGCCUGAUUCCCGAAUCCGAGGUCUUGAGAUGAUCUACAUGCAAAAACUUGAGAAGCAGAAGAAGGACAAGAACAGCCACAAGAAGAAGGCCAAGUUCAGAACCUUGUACAACCGAUAUAUUGACGACCAGAGCAUCAUGGAUGCUGACUUUUAA